AAAGUAUAAAACAAAACCGGAAUUUAGUGAGUAUUUGACAUGUGUAGGCCAUGUGCUAUUCUCCACCCUUCCACCUGCUCUUACAAGGUAGUUUUCACCCUGGUUAUUCACAGUACUAAUUUACAGCCAAUGUAAACAAAAUCACAUUCCGCCCCCCACGGUUAGGAAGAAAGGAGACGAUCCCCAAUAAACAAUACAAGCAAUUGUAGAGUGAGCCGGCAAAAUUCAGUCGAAAAUAGCAACCGGUUUCGGCAUUUUCGAGGACAAGAUGUUGAAGACUUACAGCCGUUCACAGUCGCAGAGGAGCAAAUCGGCCUCGACGACGGCUAUCCCUCUUCCAAAGGAGUUCGUCGACUCUUGCCGGCUCUGUCUCACAAACAAAGGCAGCUAUGAGAUGUUCAGGUCAAAAAUACCUCUCGUCACAAAGGAACAGAUCAAGUUCUGCACUGGGAUCGAGGUCUAUGAAGGGGACGGCCUACCUGCGAAGCUGUGCCAGAAAUGCAUUACAUACUUGCUUAAAUUCUGUUCAUUCAAAGAAAAAUGCCUAGCGAACGAAGGCAAGUUGAAGCAAUUAGGGAACACUUCUGGAAUAUACCAGCCGACAUUUCCUUCAAAGUAUCUAAAAGAUGCAGCCGAGCCAAGACGACCGAGCCAUGUUGUCACACAGCAGAGAGUUAAAAGCGAGGAGAUACAUUCUAUUUCAAUGAAAAACAAUGAAAAAAUCCUUCUUGAAGAAGAUAACAUUUCUCCUGAUGCACCUGAAGAAGUUAUAUCGAAAGUUAAAAAAUCACCACAAGAUAACAACAACUAUACAAUUCUUAACGGUGUGAAAGACAUUCCUCUAAUUUGCCAAGAGUGCAAAGCUCCGUUCUCGAGGCUCAUCGAUCUCAUCAACCACCACACUAGAGAUCACGGGUGGAACAGAUUUUAUUGUGCUCAUUGUUAUAAAUCGUUUGUAACUAAAAGCAUGCUGGAAAGGCACAUACGGAUCCAUACAGGUUACAAGCCGUUCAAAUGUCUCAAGUGCCAUAAAAGAUUCUCGCAGAAGAUCUCUGCCAAAAGGCAUUUCAAGACGCAUCUCAAUCUUUCGUACCCGUGUGAGCACUGCCCCAGGAUCUUACUGAGUGCCGAGGGACUCAAAUGCCACGUGAAAACCCAUCAUACAUACAGGACUGAGCAGGAGAUGAAAAAGCACAAGUGCAAAUUGUGCGAAAAAACAUUCUGCCAUUCAUCUGGACUGUCCCGCCAUCUCCAGCGGCAUAUGGGCAAGUUCUUUACAUGCCGGGUAUGCUUGAAGCAUUUCCAGGAUGCCUCAGGUCUUAGGAGGCACUUUAAGGAAAAACAUACCAAGCAUAUGGAUUCCACGGUAGAAGAAGAAAAAGUUUAUAUGAUCGAUCCAUUUGCUUUCAAAUAUUUGAAUAGACCAUUGGAAAAGGAACAACAGCUAGAAAACACCUUAUUGACUUGUAAUUCAGAUCCUGAACCACUUCAGUCUUCGUAAUGCAGCACUGGACCAUUGCAGUCUUCAUAAUGCUGAGAAGUCAAGUGACUGUGACCAGUGCUCUCUUAGGACCCGGAGGGCAAUUGGUCUGAGAUGCUCUCUUCCCACAAUUCGGCCAUCCAGGAAAUCCAUUCAUGGGACAUCAUCAUUUGAAGCUUCUUCUUACAAAGGAUCCUUCUCGGAUGCUAAAUCUUCAUCUGAUAGAUCUAUGUUGCUUGCAGACUCCUUGAAUUCUCACAUUACCGCUGUUC